UUUUAAUUCUUUUCAUAUAAGUUUGCAAUGGUGGAGGUUGUCAUCACAACUCUUAUUGAUGGCUUUCCAAGACUGAAGCCCUUUUAUUUCAAUCGUAAAGAAGUUCUUGUGUUGUACGUUUGUCUGUUUACCUUUGCUUGUGGUAUACCGUGUACUUUUGAGGGUGGCAUGUACUAUUUCCAAAUAAUUGAUUGGUAUGUUUCUGUGGUGUCAAUCUUCUUCAUUGCGAUUGGUGAAGUUGUCGCUGUUAGUUGGCUAUAUGGUGCAGGAAGGCUGAGAAGGAACGUUGAAGAAAUGACCUCUUCUGCUCCAAACCUUUACUUUGUGUCAUGUUGGUUCAUCAUAUCUCCUCUUCUUAUUUUUGUAAGUGCCACCUUAUUUUAUGUCAUUUUUAAAUAAUUGGUGUACAAUAUCAUUGUAACCUUGCACCCUGUGCGUUACUAUUUUCGGUUCUGGUAGAGGUAGAAAUGAAUCAAACGCGUAGACAACGUAGAAUUAACAUAAAUGGUACAUGCUUUAUUCUUGCACGGUGUACAUCCACUGUGUACGAUAUCACAUGUUACGAUACGUUACGUCUACGACUACGUCUACGACUACGUCUACGACUACGACUACGUCUACGUCUACGACUACGGUUUAAACUGAAAUGCAAUACAAACAAAUGAUCAUAAUAAUAUGAAUAAUAAAAGAAAUAAUACUAUCAAUAAUGAUAGAUAAUGCUAAUACAGUAUUAACAACAAUAGAAUAAAACGAUAAUAACUAUAAUACAGUAGCAAUAUACCGGUACUGUAAUACUAAUUAAAGGAACAUAGAAAAGAUGAUCUAAGCAACACUACAAACAAUACCUAUGAAUGAGAGCAAAUGGCCUUGGCAACCUUCAAUUUUAGGUGUUUAGUCUAAUUACCGAAUGCCUUAUACUGAGUAGGUAGGCCGAUAUUAAUUAGCUGUACUCUCAAAUACUU